GAGAGAGAGAGAGAGAGAGAGUGGAGGGGAAAGGGGGGCAAUGGUGGGGUGAUAUAAAACCUCCCGAGCACAAACCAUGCUUUAACCUGCCAGUGUGUCCUGCGCAGAACAUAUUCAGUCACAGGAAACCCCUAAGCUCUCCAGCAGCACUCUAACAUACGCUGUCUUCUCUCACACACUGCAGCGUGCUCACAAAGAGGAUGGCCAUGAGGAGAAUGAAUGAAAUGUGCAGAAGGAUGGCUCUAACUUUAGUCUUCUAUGUUCUGCUGUUUCACACUUACCAGGGGCAGACUGAGACUACAGUGGCAAUUCAAACAAAUACAGUCACACAGCCUAUCAGCACGCAGACGUUCCCCAGAGUACCUGAUCCAAGUGAUCCAAGUACCACAAACCCCACAAAUAAACCCACGGAAGGACCAACCACUGAGGUUUCUCAAGGUACUUCUCAAGGUACAACCAAGGAUACACUCCUAAAACUCACAGAACUGCAGACAGACACAUACCCCCUACAUACACAAAUUUCUGAAAUCCUAUCUACUUCUGAGGAAACCACAUCACAACUCAUGGCAAAAAACGGUGACGACCAUCCUAAAAGCAGCGAAAACAACAACAACAACACAGAGAAUAACAGUCCAAAUGAAACGAAUGUAAUAAGUGUGAAGCACCAAUCUCCCAACUACGUGAAUCCAACACCUCACACACAGGGGGGAGAUAGGAGGAGUUUGCCAAUAUUCACGUCCCUAUUGGUGAGCGGGAUAAUCCUUGCUGCUGUCCUGGUCGGAGUAUAUAUAUGGAAGAACCACUGUCGCACAAAUGCCAAUAGCAUGAAACUAGCAGAGGAGUCAUACAUGGCUGAUGAAGAUAACCAGGGCAACACUCUAGUGUCUGUGGCUCCUCUGAACCCACUUGAGAGCCAGGAGAAGCCAAGCCAGAAUGGCGAGUCUCUAGAGGCAGUGAAGACCCAAAAUCCUCCUGCUGCCACCAAUGGUCACUCUACCACCAAAGCUGACACUGAGCUGUGAGAGUCCGUCUCACCUACACAUGCUCUGGGUCAAAGUUCACCAACCCAGACCUACAAACAACACUAGGGAACUGACAAAACAAAUGCACAGGCUCCCUUUUUUCUCUCUCUCUCUUUAUCUCAAUCGAAUUAAUAACUGGCUUCUAAGAUGAUAAUGACCAGGGGGUGGGUUUCCCAAAAUGUUUGUAAUGCUAAAUACUUUGUUAUCUUAUUCAUAAGGAUGCUCUUUAAUUAACAAGCAUUUACCGAAAUGCUUUAUUAACGUAGUGCAUAAACUUGUUUGUAAAUGAAUGAGUAAUCUGACCCAUUAUUUUUUCAAGUACUUUGUUAUUCAGAGCUUGCAUGCAGUUCUACCUCAAAAAAGGCAGAGGCUGCUCAUUCCUAUAUAUAUAUAUAU